AUGACUCCCAUGGCACUCCUUCACGUCCUACCAAAUAUUAUCAAACCUGCACAGAAUCCACUUGCAUUGUCUCCUCAAUCCACUGCUCCCAACUACCCUUUGAAUGCGCCUAAUCUGGUGAAAUACCAGCAGAAACGACUGGAAAUGAGCCAUUUACUUGAACAAGUGCAAGAAGACAGUUUAAAAGGACUGGUGGUAAUUGAUUCCAUGCAGCGCUUUGGUAUGGAUCACUACUUUGAAGAUCAAAUCACUCAAACUCUCACCAAACAAUACAAACAUUCUCAAACUCUUCUUUAUAGCAGUGACGAUGAUCUUUACUCAGUUUCACUUCGUUUUCGAUUGUUAAGGCAACAAGGCUUCCACCUCCCCGCAGAUGUAUUCAACAGCUUCAAAGGUGAGAAUAUGAAGUUUAAGAAUGCAUUGUCGGAAGACAUAAAGGGACUCAUGGUGAUGGAAUAA